GCUAUAUAGAUUUUCAGUACUGGCAACGAAUAUCGAAACGCAGCCUAUAAAAAACAAGUUGAUAUUAUGUUUGAUAAGAGAUGUUUUACGUAUAGGUUAUGUGGAAAAAUUGUCAUCGGAAACUAUGUUUUGAGACGUUUUAUUUCAUUUGCGAUCAUUUACUGAUCAUCGUUGACGUAACUGCAGUGAAAUAUCUCACGUGGUUACUACAACUGUAGCUUCGAUUCUUCGCUUCCUUCUUAGCAAUGUCAAGAAGCAUAUUCGUAAAUAAACGUGAAUCGUGAGCGAUAUCGUGUAAUUGGCAUAGAUAAGAAUGGCCGAUGAAGUGACGGAAACGUUACGGGGCCUCAAUAACGAGGACACCGAGUGUAUCGUAGAUGCCGAGAUGGACGAUGACGACGAGGAUUCCGAUGGGGUCGUAGUUCCGGAACUUCAGGGUACAUUAUCCAAAUGGACAAAUUACAUACAUGGCUGGCAAACUAGAUUUAUUGUACUCAAAGAUGGUACUUUGUCUUAUUACAAAUCUGAGCAGGACAGCGGAUUUGGAUGUCGUGGGUCGAUUAGUCUGUACAAAGCUAAUAUCAAGGCACAUCAAUUUGACGAAUGCAGAUUUGAUGUGUCUGUAAAUGACUGCUUAGUUUGGUAUUUAAGGGCAAGUAGUCCAGAGGAAAAACAGCGAUGGGUAGAUGUUUUAAAGUCUUACAAGUCGGAAUCCGGUUAUGGGAGUGAAAAUAGUCUCAAACGACAUGGUAGUGCCAUUUCACUUGCGUCAAAUACACAAUCAACAACAAGCGCCGGUAGCUUUACUAAGCGUGGCAUUAGAGGACUGAAAGAAAAAUUAGCCGAAAUUGAAACUUUCAGAGAUAUUCUGAUCAAGCAGAUCGAUACUUUGCAGAAAUAUUUUGAUAACUGUGCAGAAAAUGUCAAGAAUACUUCCAAGAAAGAAAAGAAAAUUGAGACGAUGUUUAAUCCAGCUGAACAAUCAGUGGAUUUUAAAGGAGAAGCGAUAACGUUUAAAGCCACCAGUGAAGGCGUGUUAGCAACUUUACAACAUUGCGUUGAAUUAAUGAUACAGCGAGAGGAUGCAUGGCGUCGCAGAUGGGAAAAAGAAAUCGAAAAAAAACGAAAAUUACAAGAACUUUAUAAAGUUCUGAAAGAUCAAGUUGCCAUGCAUCAUAACGACUCUCCCAGACCCAGAGUUCUUAUUCAUGGAGGUCCUGACUAUGAGGAAGGUCCGCAUAGCGCUCUUUGCGACGAAGAAUUUUAUGAUGCCGUCGAGACAGGUUUAGACAAAAUCGAAGAGGAGAAUCAAUUAAGGAAUCGUUUGAAACAAAAAUCUGUUUCAAUUUUGACAUUUCCCACCACAACAGCGUCUUCACAUAAGCUAUGGCCUGAAAUAGAGAAAAUCACCAUGGAGCAACUCCAUUAUGCUCGACUCGGCGUGGGUGGAGCAGGUGGUUGGCAAUUAUUUGCUGAAGAUGGUGAUAUGCGAAUGUAUCGGCGGGAGGAAGAGGCUGAUGGACUAGUCGUAGAUCCUCUCAAAGCGUGUCACGUCGUUAAGGGAGUAACUGGUCACGAAGUUUGUGAAAUAUUUUUCAGUCCCGAAUACAGAAGUGGAUGGGAAGCCACUUUAGAGGACAUGACGAUCGUUGAAAACAUUUCCAAGGAUACGCUUUUAUUCUUGCAAACGCACAAACGUAUCUGGCCAGCGAGUCAGCGAGAUGCGUUAUUUUGGUCGCACAUACGUCGAGUAUCGGAUGAUCAGGAUCGUGAUGCUCACGAUCUAUGGAUAGUCUGUAAUCAUAGUACUGAACAUCCUGAUUACCCGCCGAAUGCAGGAAAAUGUGUGAGAGUUUAUUUAACAGUUUGUCUCGUAUGUCAAACUUUUAUCGAUCCCCCGAAAGACGAAGAGCAAAUAAAGAGGGAAAAUAUUACAUGUAAAAUAACAUAUUGUUCAGUUGUAAAUCCAGGUGGUUGGGCCCCAGCAUCUGUUUUACGGGCCGUUUACAAGAGAGAAUAUCCAAAGUUCCUGAAGCGGUUCACUAAUUUUUGUAUUGAUCAGUGCAAAAACAAACCAAUCACAUUCUAAAUGUGAUUAAUAAAAAAUCUUUCAUGUUUUCCAUCCAAUUCCUUAUUCACUAUCUCAAAGUGUCUUCACGUGAUUAGUGUAAAAACAACAGUUUGUAUUAGUAUACAUACUAUAAGAAUUGCAGAAUGGCUAUUACGACGUAAGUGAAACAAUUUUAUGUAUCACUUUUUUUCUUUUUAUUAUUUGCUUGAAAUAAUUGACUUAUAUAUAACUUAUGAAUGGGAAAGAUAAAUUGUUACAAUAAAUAUUAAAGGCUAUUUAGAAUAUAAAUGAGUGUAUAUAGUAAUUGUAUACACUUAACGAGCAACUUCAUGAAGCGCUACAAUGAAGUACGCAUGGUUAGUACUGUUUGCUGAUUAUCCUUUCCUCUUCCAAUAACAGCUUAUUAUUUGUUACACAGUAUUUUAUCCAGUGUGUACAAAUCUUAACCGAGAAUUGAAUACACAAACACAAAUCUUGUUACAUGUUAUAUCUAAUUAAAUGCUGAAUUGUAUCUUACAGAUUAUAUUGUUAUUUUUAGUUAUACAUAAAUAUGUGUGUACAUUGCUAUGCAAUAUAAAAAUCACUUGAAAAAACGUAUAUAUAAUAAAGACUGUUCUAGAUUUAUUGCAGAAUAACAAUCGUUUCUAUAUCAUGUCGCAUAUUAAUUAAUCUUUUUUCUUAUUUAUGACAAGAACUGUUUUGGAUUGCAUAUGCAUAGAAUAAUAUUCUCUUCAUAAAAUAAACUUAUUUCUAUCAAUCGAGCAAACAUUCUAAAAACUUCUUUUACAAGUUAUAAUAAAUAUAUUAAUAUAUCUAAUUAAUUCUCACCACUUUAAUUCUUUGCCAAAUCACAAGACUACUUUGUUAUUUAUUUCUUUGUCUUGAAUUUUUACUCAUCGAACGAAGUAUUAUGAAUUACAAGCUACAUGCUGUAUUUAAUACAAGCUAAGUAUUUAUUUAAUUCACUCUGUAUUGUUGCUAUUGAAGGGACUUGAAUAGCGAUUUUAAAUAUAAACUUGCACAUUAAUUACGUUUGCAAUUCAUUACAUAUUAUCAUAAUGAAAAGAUAGAUAAUAUUUUCUAUUGAACAUAAUAUAGUUUUUACUUUAAUUAUAUUUUCUUAUUUAAUUAUUUAAUUUAUUAUUUUAUUAUUUAUUAUAUUAUUUAAUUAUUUACUUAUUUAAUUAUAUAACUUUAAUGAUAUUUACAUUUUCUAAAGAAAAAUUCGACAAAUACAAAGAAAGAGGAAUAAGAUCAUCAGAUAUUCUGCAAAAAAACGAAAAUUAAUCGAUAUUUUUAAUAUUUAUUCGGAUGUAAAAUGUGAUGUUGUUUCAUAUCUGAUUGGCCAAAUAUUUUCAUAGAAUACAAUUGUUUGAAGUAUAACAUAGUCUUUUGAUUAUAUUAAAAAUUAAUGCUUAAUAUUUAUUCUAAUAUUUAAUUGGAGUCUAAAACAUAUACAAUACA